GUCGAUUCCUCGUCUGACUGAAACGUUUCAAGUUUUUCUCGCACCAAGCCGACCCACGGUUGGGUAUUCAUUCAACUAGACAGGUAUUUCAAACAUAUUUUUUCCCCUUAUUUAUUCACUGUUUAUUCUCAAACAAUUGCCAUUGUAAUAUUAAUUAAUUUUUUUUUCCGACCAAAAAUAAAUAGGCAUAAUUUAAGGUAAAGAAAACGGGAAAGGAACUUUCAGAGCGUCAGAGAGACAGGAGGAAGAUUGAAAGAGAAAAUAUAACGGGAGUGGGGGAGAAGGGGAGCAAGGUAGAGAGAGAGAGAAGUUGGGGGGGGGGGGCCUAAACAUAGGUUGUUGUUUUUUUUUUUUAAAAUAUUUAUUUUUUAAAACAUGAAAUGGGUUUUAUUCCGGGCAGGUCGUGUUGUAAUUUGGUGCGUGGCUUUAUAUGAACAAGUACGAUACCUGUAUAUUUUUUUGUAUGCAUUAAAAAAAAACACUUUUAGAUUUAAACUAAAGCUUUAAAUGCGAUUAAUGUGUAUUGUAAUAAUAACAGAUGCCUUGACUUUCUGUCACUCUUUAAAAAAAAAUAUUCGUUUUAUUUUGACUGAAGUACUUACAAAACUUCGAUGUCUCUUGUUUUUAAAAACAAAAGUCCUUUCAAUGGAUUGCUUUAAAGGACAUAAUAGCAACACGUUAUAAUAAUAACAUAGGCCUAUGUAUUAUUUUUUUGCUAUUUUCUUGUUUACUUUCAGCAAUGGCUUUCCUAAGAACGUGCCUUAUUCUCGCCGUGGCCUUCACCUUCCUGGUCCAGUCUGUCGCCUCUGAUGCCUUUAUCGUAGAGGAAGAUGAUCUCACNCCCCCCAAAAAAAAAAAAAAAAAAAAAAAAAAAAAAAAAAAACACACACUCAAGUUUAAAAAAAGUAAUACUUUAAUAAUCAAAAACAUGAGGGUAACAUUAUAUUUCACAAGAAUCUUGUUAUAGUUUAGGGCCUGCCUGAGAAUUGGAUGCCAAAAUAUUGUGUUUCUUAGAUCCAGAUGGCGCAUGUUAUGUUUACUAGGGGGUUAUCUUUACUUCCUAUGCCGCCUUGAAGCUAUGCCCAAUAUUUUCAGAAAACCCAUUUAAAGAGAUAACGCUGUUUACAUAACAUAUUAAAAGUGUUAUGCAUUUGCGUUCCGUGCAAAUGGUCGCGUACAGAUAGCUCCUAAAAAGUAAGGUGACAUCAAAUGAAAGCAUGUGCCAGUGUGCUCUAUGUGUAUUGGCCACAGGGUGCAUCUCAUAUAUAAGUGAUCUCUAUGUAUUUUGGCCACAGGGUGAAUCUCAUGUCUUCGUGAUCUCUAUGUAUUUUGUCCACAGGGUGCAUCUCAUGUCUAAGUGAUCUCUAUGUAUUUUGGCCACAGGGUGAAUCUCAUGUCUACGUGAUCUCUAUGUAUUUUGGCCACAGGGUGCAUCUCAUGUCUAUGUGAUAUCUGUGUAUUUUGGCCACAGGGUGCAUCUCAUGUCUAUGUGAUAUCUGUGUAUUUUGGCCACAGGGUGAAUCUCAUGUCUACGUGAUCUCUAUGUAUUUUGGCCACAGGGUGCAUCUCAUGUCUAUGUGAUAUCUGUGUAUUUUUGGCCACAGGGUGCAUCUCAUGUCUACGUGAUCUCUAUGUAUUUUGGCCACAGGGCGAAUCUCUUGUCUCAAUUGAUCUCUAUGUAUUUUGGCCACAUGGCGCCAUCUCGAGUCGAGAUUAAGCUAUUCAAUCUUUAGACUUCAGCAGCUAUCUCUGGCGGCUUCCUAAUGACCUUGACCCUGUUGAUAACGUUUACCUUCGCGAUUAUUAUUUUUUUUUUAAACAUACAUUUUAAUGUUUCACAUUCUCAGCCAUGACAACCAUCAGGGACCGUCGUGACACACCAGACAAAUCCAUUCUCCUCAACCGACUCCGCAGAAGCCUCGCCCAGAUGUACGUCGGCAACCACCACUUCAACGAGAACGAUCUAACCUCCACCCGCGGGGGCUCUCGGCGAUGGAGCAACCGUAAACACCAGUCCCGCAUCUACACGGGCGCACAGCUUUCCGAAGCCUAA